GGCGCGCACCCACUGCAGCUCCCCGCUUUCGGCGCGUCAGGAGUGGUUGGGGCGGUCGGGCAGGCGAGCUCCCCGUGGACCCGCAGACCCGUGGAGAUGGCGACGCUGUGUCUGACCGUGAAUUCAGGAACCCCGCCUUUAGGCGCUUUGCUGGCAGUAGAACAUGUGAAAGACAAUGUCAGCAUUUUUGUUGAAGAAGGGAAAGAGAAUAUUCUUCGUGUGUCUGAAAAUGUGGUAUUCACAGACGUGAAUUCCAUACUUCGUUACUUGGCUAGAGUUGCAACUACAGCUGGGCUCUACGGCUCUAACCUGAUGGAACAUGCUGAGAUUGAUCACUGGUUGGAGUUUAGUGCUACAAAAUUGUCAUCAUGCAAUUUGUUUACUUCUGCAGUCAAUGAGCUCAAUCAUUGCCUGUCUCUGAGAACAUACUUGGUUGGAAACUCCUUGAGCUUAGCAGAUUUGUGUGUCUGGGCCACCCUGAAAGGAAAUGCGGCGUGGCAGGAGCAGUUCCAGCAGAACAAGGCCCCAGUUCAUGUGAAGCGCUGGUUUGGCUUCCUCGAAGCCCAGCAGGCCUUCCAGUCUGUAGGCACCAAGUGGAGUGUUCCAACAGCCAAAGCUAAAGUGGCACCUCAGAAAAAGCCAGAUGUUGGGAAAUUUAUUGAGCUUCCAGGUGCUGAGAUGGGAAAGGUUACUGUCAGAUUUCCUCCAGAGGCUAGUGGUUACUUACACAUUGGGCAUGCCAAAGCUGCUCUUCUCAACCAGCACUACCAGGUUAACUUUAAAGGGAAACUGAUCAUGAGAUUCGAUGACACAAAUCCUGAGAAAGAAAAGGAAGAUUUUGAGAAGGUUAUCCUGGAAGAUGUCGCAAUGUUGCAUAUCAAACCAGACCAGUUUACUUACACCUCGGAUCAUUUUGAAACUAUAAUGAAAUGUGCAGAGAAGCUAAUUCAGGAAGGGAAGGCUUAUGUGGACGAUACUCCUCCCGAGCAGAUGAAAGCUGAACGUGAGCAGAGGACAGAAUCCAAGCAUAGAAACAAUUCUGUUGAGAAGAAUCUGCAAAUGUGGGAAGAAAUGAAAAAAGGGAGCCCAUUUGGUCAGUCCUGUUGUUUGCGAGCAAAAAUUGACAUGAGCAGUAACAAUGGGUGCAUGAGGGAUCCCACACUGUACCGCUGCAAAAUUCACCCUCACCCAAGAACUGGAAGUCGAUACAAUGUUUAUCCGACAUACGAUUUUGCCUGCCCCAUAGUGGAUAGCAUGGAAGGGGUUACACAUGCGCUGAGAACAACGGAAUACCAUGACCGAGAUGAGCAGUUUUAUUGGUUUAUUGAAGCUUUAGGCAUCAGAAAACCGUACAUUUGGGAAUAUAGUCGAUUAAAUCUCAACAACACAGUGCUGUCCAAGAGAAAGCUCACGUGGUUUGUAAACGAAGGACUAGUGGACGGAUGGGAUGACCCAAGAUUCCCUACAGUUCGUGGUGUGCUGAGAAGAGGGAUGACAGUUGAAGGACUGAAGCAGUUUAUUGCUGCUCAGGGCUCCUCGCGUUCAGUUGUGAACAUGGAAUGGGACAAAAUUUGGGCAUUUAACAAAAAGGUUAUUGACCCGGUGGCGCCACGAUACAUCGCACUGCUGAAGGAGGAGGUGAUCCCGGUGCACAUCCCUGAAGCUCAGGAGGAGAUGAAAGAAGUGGCCAAGCACCCAAAGAAUCCUGACGUGGGCCUGAAGCCUGUGUGGUACAGUCCCAGAGUGCUCAUUGAAGGUGCAGAUGCAGAGACGCUGUCAGAGGGGGAGAUGGUGACCUUUAUAAACUGGGGCAACAUCAACAUUACUAAAAUACACAAAAAUGCAAAUGGAAAAAUUGUAUCUCUUGAUGCAAAAUUGAAUUUGGAGAACAAAGACUUCAAGAAAACCACUAAAAUCACUUGGCUUGCAGAGACGGCCCGUGCCCUUCCCGUCCCAGCCAUCUGUGUCACCUACGAGCACUUGAUCACAAAGCCAGUGCUAGGAAAAGAGGAGGACUUUAAGCAGUAUGUCAACAGGAACAGUAAGCAUGAAGAAUUCAUGCUAGGGGACCCUUGCCUUAAGGAUUUGAAGAAAGGAGACAUUAUACAGCUCCAGAGAAGAGGAUUCUUCAUAUGUGAUCAACCUUAUGAACCUGUUAGCCCACAUAGCUGCAGAGAAGCACCGUGUGUCCUAAUAUACAUUCCUGACGGGCACACAAAGGAGAUGCCGACGUCUGGGUCCAAGGAAAAGACCAAAGUGGAAACAGUAAAAAAUGAGACAACUACUCCUAUGAAGGACCGGCCAGCGCCACCUUUGACUAAUGCUUGUGCUGCCUCUGAGGAUCCCUUGGUCCUUUACGGUAGAGUGGCUGCUCAAGGGGAUGUGGUUCGUGAAUUAAAAGCCAAAAAAGCAGCAAAGGAAGAUGUCGAUGCCGCUGUUAAACAGCUUUUGGCUUUGAAGGCUGCAUAUAAGGAGAAAACGGGCCAGGAGUAUAAGCCUGGAAGUCCUCCCACUCUGGUGGGACAGACUGCUGCUUCUAAAUCCUCAGCAGGUGCCGGGGAAAGCAAGUCCCUGUAUGAUGAAGUUGCCGCACAGGGGGAGCUGGUUCGCAAACUGAAAGCUGAAAAAGCCCCUAAGGCUAAAGUAAAUGAAGCUGUAGAGUGCUUGCUUUCUCUGAAAGCUCAGUAUAAAGAAAAAACUGGGAAGGAAUAUGUUCCUGGUCAGCCCCCGUUAUCUCAAAGUUCAGAUUCAAGCCCAGCCAGAAUCUCUGAGCCUUGUGGUCCAGAAACACCAGAAGCCAAAGCACUUUUUGACAAAGUAGCUUCUCAAGGAGAAGUCGUUCGAAAACUUAAAGCUGAAAAAGCCUCUAAGGACCAAGUGGACGCCGCUGUGCAGGAGCUCCUUCAGCGGAAAGCGCAGUACCGGUCGCUGACCGGCGUCGAGUAUCAGCCCGUCGCUGCUGCCGGAGCCGAGGACAAAGACAAGAAGAAGAAAGAGAAAGAAAACAAGUCUGAGAAACAGAACAAGCCUCAGAAACAGGACGACGGCUCCAAGAAGGAGCCCUCCAAAGGCCAGGGCGGCGGGUUGCCGCCCAGUGGGGCCGGGGAGGGGCAGGGGCCGCGGAAGCAGACCAGGUUGGGUCUUGAGGCAAAAAAAGAAGAAAAUCUUGCAGAUUGGUAUUCUCAGGUCAUCACGAAGUCAGAAAUGAUUGAGUACUACGACGUGAGUGGCUGCUACAUCCUCCGGCCCUGGGCCCACUCCAUCUGGGAGGCCAUCAGCGGCUUUUUCGACGCUGAGAUCAAGAAGCUGGGUGUGGAGAACUGCUACUUCCCCAUGUUCGUGUCCCAGGGCGCCUUAGAGAAGGAGAAGGCCCACGUGGCUGACUUCGCCCCUGAGGUUGCUUGGGUUACAAGAUCUGGAAAAACAGAGUUGGCAGAACCCAUUGCUAUUCGUCCUACUAGUGAAACAGUCAUGUAUCCUGCAUAUGCAAAGUGGGUGCAGUCACACAGGGACCUGCCCAUCAGGCUCAACCAGUGGUGCAGCGUGGUGCGCUGGGAGUUCAAGCACCCCCAGCCAUUCCUGCGGACCCGUGAGUUCCUUUGGCAGGAGGGGCACAGCGCGUUUGCAACGUUUGAAGAAGCAGCAGAGGAGGUCUUGCAGAUACUUGACUUGUAUGCUCAGGUGUAUGAAGAACUCCUGGCAAUUCCUGUUGUAAAAGGAAGGAAAACUGAAAAGGAAAAAUUCGCAGGAGGAGACUACACCACUACAGUGGAGGCGUUUAUAUCUGCCAGCGGGAGAGCUAUCCAGGGGGCAACAUCACAUCAUCUAGGACAGAAUUUUUCCAAAAUGUUUGAAAUUGUUUUUGAAGAUCCAAAGAUGCCAGGAGAGAAGCAGUUUGCCUAUCAGAACUCCUGGGGCCUGACAACUCGGACGAUUGGGGUCAUGACCAUGGUUCACGGGGACAACAUGGGCUUAGUGUUACCUCCCCGUGUAGCCUGUGUUCAGGUGGUGGUCAUUCCUUGUGGCAUCACAAAUGCACUUUCUGAAGAAGACAGAGAUGCUCUGAUUGCAAAAUGCAAUGACUAUCGAAGGCGGUUACUCAGCGUUAACAUUCGAGCGAGAGCUGAUCUGCGAGACAACUAUUCGCCAGGUUGGAAAUUCAAUCACUGGGAGCUCAAGGGAGUUCCAAUUAGACUGGAAGUCGGGCCACGUGAUAUGAAGAGCUGCCAGUUUGUGGCUGUCCGACGAGAUACUGGAGAAAAGCUGACAGUUGCUGAAAAUGAGGCUGAGACUAAACUUCAAGCCCUUUUGGAAGACAUCCAUGCUAACCUCUUCAGAAAGGCUUCUGAAGACCUUAGGACUCAUAUGGUGGUGGCUAACUCCAUGGAAGACUUUCAGAAGAUGCUAGACUCUGGAAAGAUUGUUCAGAUCCCGUUCUGUGGGGAAAUGGACUGUGAAGACUGGAUCAAGAAGACCACUGCCAGGGAUCAGGAUCUUGAACCUGGUGCUCCAUCCAUGGGAGCCAAAAGCCUGUGCAUCCCCUUCAAGCCACUCUGCGAGCUGCAGCCUGGGGCCAUAUGCGUCUGUGGCAAGAACCCUGCCAAGCACUACACCUUGUUUGGUCGAAGUUACUGAGGCCGGAGCCACACCCCUAUCUCCAACCCUCCGCACUUUUUAAAAGAUUAAUAUGAAUAUCUUCCCAGAUAUAGACAAUUUUAUGCUUUUUUAAAAUACAACUUCGAAAAGGAAGUCACAUGAAAUAAAUACCUAUUCUUAUGUCUAAAGUAACAGUGGAGAAAAGACUUUUCUGUAGACAACCCCAGUAAUAAAUACCAUGAACUAACA